AGACCGUUGCACGGAAAUUUUAAUCCAAUUCGGAACAUCUUUCGGGUGGCCGGUCAGUCAGCCAGGCGGGGGAGAAAGGGAACGACGGCGCAAAACAGCUGGUCACAGCCGAUCAGACGGAACUUGCGCGAAAAGAAGAAUGCUGCGUGUCGUGAGUGCGGCGCUGCGAGGAAUUGCAGCAAGAGCAACGAGUACUAAUGUGACAAGCUUUAUUGCUUCAAGAUGUGAUCUUGUUUUCAAUUCUACGCAGUACAGAAAUUUUGGAGCAUUGUCAACUGCUGUCCAAAAGUGGGCUGCUAUUGGUCCAGUGCAACAUAAAACAUUACUAAAUUAUGCAGAAAAUCGUCUAGCGUUGCCAUCAGAACCUAUUAAUGUACCAGUGAGAACACUAAUCAAGUAUUCUAUGCGGAAAGGGAAGCGGAAAACUGUAAAGACGGUCUUAAAACGCUUUUAUAGAUUACAUUGGGGUAUCUGGAUUAGAACGAAAGCUGGUCGAAAGAAACAUUUGUGGAAGAAAUCGUGGGCCAGAAAAAAGAGAUUGCAACAGCAUGUAUUCUGCAAUGCCACGCAGAGCACAAUGCUAGACAAGAUGGUGACCAAGUACUGGAAAAGACGACAUUAUUAUGUUGAUGAUCCGUAUGAACCGUACCAUGACAGAGAAGAAUUUAGUAUAACUCGAAGAAGACCACUAUCUUAAUUAUCUGUAUUACAAUUAUUGCAAUUAUAAGUUUCGAUUGCAAAGGUAGUAAAGAUAUUGUUUAGUACAAGUAAGUUGUACAAUUGUGUGUGCAUUCUUCUUUAUACAAAUAUUUUAUUUAAUCACUUUAUUGUACAAUACACCAAAUGCAGUGCGCUCCAAUUUUUUUCUGGGUGUAUUAUAAAAUAUUUAGUGUAGAUUAUAUAUAUAUUACUGACAAAUCACAUAUGCUAUAAACUAAUGCAGUUGUCGAGUUUUGUUAAAGCUUGUAAACGUGUAUCGUAUUAUUCGUUAUCGAAACAGAGAUGAUUGAGAUACAUAAAAUGUUCCAUUAAAAAUUCUAUCACAAUACAAGUUUACAGGUACUCUUAAUUAUCAAAAAAUAUCAAUAUUUAACAUUACAUGUGAUUUAUAUAUCUCGCAGCACAGAUGUUGGAAUUUUAUAUUAAUCAAUAUCGUUGCGCAAAAUGAUAAGAUAUCACAAUAUGCCACGAUUUGUAUUCCACGGGAUAUUACAUUCUCUUCAAUAAAUACAUACUUUAACCA